AUGGCCGACUCGGACGGCGACCACCCGCAGAAGAAGCGCCGCGUCACUCGAGCCUGCGACCAGUGCCGCCGCCGCCGCAUCAAGUGCGAGGCGUACCCGCGCGCCGACCUCGAUGCGCCGUGCGUCAUCUGCACCGAGGCCGGCCACGCAGACGGCUGCACCUUUUCCCGCCCGGCCAAGAAGCGCGGGCCCCAGGCGGGCAAGGCAAAGAGCCUCGAGGAGCGCUGCUCGGCGUUCGAGCGCCUCCUCGGUUACCUCCUCCCCAUCGUCCCCUCGCUCGAGGCGCACGUCGAGACGUUCGUCGCCCUCAACCCAUCCUCCGCAUCCGCCUUCUCGCCCUCGCCCGACGGCGCCAGCAGCACCUCGCGGCUUCCCUCGCACCCACAGGCGCCUGUCGACCCGACCUCGAGCACGCCAAUGACGGCCGCCGACGCGCACCAGGCGACGUACGCCUCGAGCCGCAUCCCGGACCUCAUGGACUCGGUCCUGCCGCCGCUCGUACCGGCGCGCGAGGCCGCCAAGACGUCGUCGGCAACGUUGAGCGCCAAACGCGCGUCGUCGUCCGGUGCGCCCGGUGCAGCAGGAGCAGGAGGAGGAGCGAGCGGACGCCCCAAAGUCGAGGACGCGUCGCACCUGUUCGGCCCGCCGGCGCCGCUCGACAACCCGUACGGCGCGCUCCCGGCGCCUCCGCCGAUCGGUUUCGGCGCUGCAACCGCGAGUGCUGCACUGCGUGGGCCGGGCCACCCGCCGCCGGUCGCUUUCCCGCACGCGCACGGCCACGGCGCGCCCCUGUCGCUGCACGCGCUCGCCGACGCGGCCGUGCCCGACUUUGACGGUGGGUCCAUCGGUGGUGGCGGCAAGGGCGGCGGCGGACACGGUGGUGCACUCGACGGCGACGGCGACGGCGAGCUCGGCGUGCCAGAGCUGCCCGGCGAGGCGACGAGGAACGUCCUCCUCGACCUGUACUUCAACCAGGUCGGACAGACGUGCUUGCCCAUGCUCGACAAGUCACGCUUCCUGCGCUGGUCAGCGCACCUCCCCUCGUACCCUCACCCUCUUCCAAACUCGACCUCGACCUCGAACCCGCCCUCGAUCCCGUCCACCGCCGCGACGACCUCGACCGGCCCUCACCUCCCGCCCGCCCUGUACCUCGCCGUCUUUGCCCUCUCGGCGUCGUACCUCGCGCCCGACUCGCACCUCGCGCGCUCGACGCACGCGCCGCACGUCUUUGCGCACGCCGCACGCGCACACCUCAUGCGCGACGUGCUCGCCUCGUCGGCGGCGGCGGGCAGCCCGGGCGGCGGCGGCGGCGGCGGCGUCACGCUCGAGACGGUUCAAGCGGCGGUCCUCCUCGCCCUGUUUGACUGGGGCUCGGGCGCCCUCUCGCGCGCAUGGACCCUGUCCUCGCUCGCGCUCGCGCUCGCCCUCUCCCUCUCCCUGCACCUCUCGUCGUCGCUCCCGCCCGACCCGCACCACUUCAAGCUGCGCACGUUCCACGCCGUCCUCAUCGUGCACGCGCUCGUCGCGCUACGCCUCGACCGGCCGCCGCUCACGGUCCUCGAGGACUAUGACGUGCCGAUCCCGCCCGUCGACGAGGCGGACAACUGGGAGCUGUGGAGGGGGGACAAGGGCGCGGCCGAGCUGCGCGACGAGUGGGGCGCGGGGGCGGCGACGGCUGGAGGCGCGGGCGGUGGCUCGGGUGGAGCGUCGGGCGAGGGUGGCGCGCAAGAGGGUGGCAGCAGAGCGGGAGAGCUGGCGUCGACCUCGGGGGCGGGAGGAGGAGCAGGAGGGGCAGGAGGGGCCGGCGCGCCACCCGCCGUGCGCAGCAACGCGCUCGUCACGUUCGCGCGCCUCGCCCAGCUGUGCGCCGUCGCGCUCGGCAUCCUGCGCUGGUCGGCGUGCCCGCGCCGGGGCAACGGUCAAGGGCUCGCCGCGGGCGAGCAGGAGCGCGCAGAGCUCGUCGCCGGGCUCGCCGCGUGGGAGGAGCAGCUCGAGGGCGACUUGCGGCUCGGCGACGCGAGGGGGAGCGUCGAGCGGGUUGGAGAGAGGGCGAGGUGGACCGUCGAGAUGCAGAUGCUCGUCGCCGCCCUGUACCUCAAGCUGCGGCCGCACCCGUCGUUCGCGAGCGUGACGCUCGACCCUGUCCCGCAGGCGCUCGGCCUCCUCAACCACGUCCUCGGCCAGUUCCGCACCUCGUUCACGCUCCUGCGGUCGCUCCCGACGGUCGACGUCACGCUCGACAUCCUGUCGCGCGCCCUGUUCGAGCAGACCGACUAUGCGCCGCACCACCACGACUCGGUCCUGAGGGCGUACGACGAGCUCGGCAGGGUGUGGCCGACGGCGAGGGAGAGUUGGGUCCGGUUGGCGACCAAGGUCGACGAGCACAAGCGCGAGCUGGGUCUCUUGCGUGGCGUUCACCCGACCACCUCUGCGCACCCUUCGCCGUACGCCGUCCCUGCCCCGGCACCCAUCGCCGAGCCGUUCCAGGCCUUCCUCGGCUUCAGCCACGACCUCGGGCCGGGCGCGCACCCGUCGACCGUGCUCGACUUUGGCUCGUGGGACCAGACCGACUUGCUCGUCAGCCUCGGUCUCGUCAUGGACCCGGCGGCGGCGACCACGAUGGCGGGAGGUGCGGGAGGGAGCAUGGGCGGGUUCGGCGGCGAGGGAGGAGGAGCAGCAGGAGGAGGAGCGGGAGGCGAGCACGGCAUGGCGUUCUCGAACGCCGGCGCGUGGCAGCCGCUUGCAGGGUGGGCCGACCCGACGAGCGGCGGCGGGUCGGGCGCCGCGACGCACGGCUCGCUCUCGCUCCCGCUCCCGAUCGAGGGCGUCCUCGGCGGAGCGUACCCGCCGGGCCCACCGUCACAGCAGCAGCAGCAGCAGCAGCAACACUCGGCGCCGCGCAGCAGCCCCGGCAUGUCGAUGUCGACGCCGGGCGCAGGCGGCGGGCUCGGCAGCGCCGGCUCGGUCCCCGCCUACUUUCCCUCGCCGACGCACGCCCAGCAGCCCUUCCACCCGAUGACCAUCUCGCCGCCGUCGCUCCCACCUCACCCUCACCCUCACCCUCACCACCUCCCUGCCGCACCGCCCUCGUCGUCCGCACCCUCGUCGCACCCAAACGCGCACCCGCACCCGCACUCGAGCGCGCUCUCGAGCCUCCCCGGCGCGCCAUCGCCCUUCCCGAGCGCCGCGCCGAGUCCUGCGCCGGGCAUGGGCAUGGACAUGGGCACGGGCGUCGGCGGCGACAUGAUGGGCGACGACGACCCUGGCGGCGGCGGCGGAGGAGGAGGAGGAGGAGGAGGAGGCGAGGGCCCGGGCACCGACUUGCUCACGAGGUGGCUCGACCGCGGGUCGCUCGGGUUCGCGGCGGCGGCGACGACGAUGGGCGAGGGGAGGGACGAGGAUGGCGGAGCGAGAGAGGGUGGGAGGGAAGGACCGGGAGGAGCUUGAGCGGCAAUGCCGACGCGCCUUUUCACG